UGCCGUGUUCUUUUCCUCUACCAUUUUUACGCGGAGCGUUGUGUGUGCAGAACUCGUUCACACAACCUUUAAAAAAACGUUCCUUUGGAACACAAAAAUACAAAAAAAAAUUCAAAAAGUGAAAAAUAAAACUUAAAAAAAAAUACGUUCAACUGACUGCUUAUUGCUACAGACGAGGAAACUACGAGAUUUACAUACUCCCCAGAAUCUACGGCGAAACCCAAUACCUUGAAUAAAAAUGAAUACUGCUACUGGUGCCAACUAUCCCAUGGGUUCCCUGUACGUCGGUGACCUGCAUCCCGACGUGACCGAGUCCAUGCUGUUUGAGAAGUUCUCCUCGGCCGGACCCAUCUUGUCCAUCCGUGUGUGUCGUGACAUGAUCACUCGUCGAUCCUUGGGAUACGCCUAUGUCAACUUCCAACAGCCUGCCGACGCUGAGCGCGCUCUUGACACGAUGAACUACGACACAUUGAAGGGCAAACCAAUCCGUAUCAUGUGGUCCCAGCGCGACCCGUCCCUGCGCCGCUCCGGCGUCGGCAACGUCUUCAUCAAGAACUUGGACAAAUCCAUUGACAACAAGGCCAUGUACGACACCUUCUCUGCCUUCGGAAAUAUCCUGUCUUGCAAGGUUGCCUUGGGCGAGGACGGCUCCAAAGGCUACGGCUUCGUGCAUUUUGAGACUGAAGACUCCGCACUGAAAGCCAUCGGCAAAGUCUCUGGCAUGUUGCUGAACGGCAGGAAAGUGUACGUAGGACGAUUCAAGUCCAAGAAAGAGCGUAUGGCCCACCUCGGUGACCAGCGCAAGAAAUUCACCAACGUGUACCUCAAGAACUUUGGCGACGAACUGGACGAGGACAAGAUUAAAACCAUGUGUGAAAAGUUCGGCCCGGUGACGUCAGUGAAAGUGAUGGCUGAUCCGACAGGACGCAGCAAGGGCUUCGGAUUCGUCAGCUAUGAAGAUCACGGUGCAGCAGGAAAGUUUGUGGAGGAAAUCAACGGCCAGGUCGUCAACGGAAGGACCUUGUUUGCUGGACGUGCCCAGAAAAAGAGCGAACGACAGCAAGAGCUCAAGGCUCGUUUUGAAGCGUUCAAGCAGGAGCGUAGCAGCCGUUACCAAGGCGUCAACCUGUACAUCAAGAACCUGGACGACGAGUUUGACGACGAGAGACUUCGCAAGGAGUUCACCAAGUUUGGCUCCAUCACUAGCGCCAAGGUCAUGAUGGAUGAGACAAACACCAGCAAAGGUUUUGGCUUCGUUUGUUUCUCGUCUCCCGAGGAGGCCACCAAGGCCGUGACGGAGAUGAACGGCCGCAUCAUCGUGGCCAAGCCGCUGUACGUCGCCCUGGCGCAACGCAAGGAGGAACGCAAGGCACAGCUGUCCAACCAGAUGAUGCAACGUGUCUCCAGCGGCAUUCGUGUGCCUCCCCAGCAAGUGGGUCAGGUGUUCCCCAACUACGGCAAUUACUACACCCCGACCAUCCCGCCGACCCAGCGGAGCAUGUACACCGCCGGCCAGGUCGCCCACGUCCGCAACCCGCGCUGGCCGGCGCCUCAAGCCCGUCCCGGUGCCCCGUCGUUCCAGACCAUGCCUGCUGGGGGUAGGCACCAGUUUGCCGGGAACCCGCGUGCUGCCGCCGCCGGGGCCACGCCCACGCGUCCUGUUCAUCCUCGAGUGCCACUGCAGCCGGCUCCGUCUGCUCAACAACGCGUCACUGCCAAUAUCGCAGCCCAGAACCCUCAAGCGAUGCGUAUCGGCGCUAACAUGCCCGUCCCAGCUGGUGUCCAGCCGAGAGCCAUGAAGUACGUCCCAGCAGCUGCAGGUGCUCGCAACCCUCAGCUGGUCCCAGCCAUGCCUAAUGCCGCUCAACAGGCCGUGCCCCAACAGGCCAUCGAGGUGUCCGGCCAGGAGCCUCUGACCCCCAGCAUGUUGGCCUCCGCCACCCCGCAGCAACAGAAGCAGAUGUUGGGAGAGCGUCUCUUCCCCUUGAUCCAACGCAGCCACGGCGAGCUGGCCGGUAAGAUCACCGGUAUGCUGCUGGAGAUAGACAACUCGGAGUUGCUGCAUAUGCUGGAGUCCUACGAACUCCUCAAAGCCAAGGUGGAUGAAGCUGUGAACGUUCUGAAGGCCCACCAGGCUAAGGAAGGACCCGCCAAGCAAACCAUUGCUCAACAGCAGUAAAGACGGGCAGGAAGUCCAGGUACCAGACAUCGGGCAGUUUCCCGUCGUCUGUAGCACUAAUAAAAGCAGCCAAGAAAACUCCAAUAUAAAAACACAAAAAAAUACACAAAAAAAUUGUAAAAUGAAUGGGAAAAUAUGAGAGAAAGACAGUUAAGGACAAAAAAUAAUAGGUCAUGUUGUGAACACUUUAUAUUAAAGCAGCGAAAGGAGGAACAAAACUUUUUUAAAAAUCUGAGAAAAAAAAAUACAUAAAAACAGCAAAAUGAAAAUUAAGCGGAUGGGAUAAUGGUUGGGAGUUUGUCAUCAAGCGUUCUACGCAGAAAGUAAAAGACCAAAAAAAAUAGGUACGAACUGAAACCAAUUGAAGCUAAAGUAUGCCAUUGUAAAUGGCGUUUAUCAUAAAAGGAAAAAUACAAAUAAAAAAAAGGAAAAGAUAAAAAAUGACAAAAACUUUUAAAAAAAAAAAUCUGCAAACUUCAGAAUUCAAAACUUCCCAUGUCUUUUGUUUUCAUGUUUAGCGUUGAUCAUUUAGCUUAGUUAGGCUUAUUCGUUUAUUGUACAAUUUUAAAAUUAGAUAAAAUGUCCUUGUUUUCAAUUCUUUUUAUGUUUAAUGUGUAUCGGUUCUGGGUACGUAUUUCUGCUUAGGUCAAAUGCUACAUGCAUGUAGAUACCUCGCUUUUCAAUCCAGUGGCCAAAAAAAAAACAUCAUUUACACAUUACAAAAUCUGGACUCGCCAACUUGGGGCACCAUUGUUUCGGCCAAAACACUUUGGCAAAAUUGCUUCAAAAUAACAAACUGGCGUUUCAAGCGUUGUGCUCCAAGAUUCAUGCAUAUCACAGACGUGUUUUUAACAAGCAUCAACUUCUACUCAAAAAACCUUCUAUUUAAUUUCUCAUUUUAGUUUGUUCUGUUCCGUGUUUUUCAGUUUAAAAACCCCACAAUUUGAUCCAUAACAGCUACGUCGAUGCUACAGCAUAGCUUACCAAAAUUGAGUCCCAACUUAAAAAAUGUUUAGUUUUAAUUAUUCCCGCUGUUGUUUGUGUUUUGUUUCUGAUUAUGGUGUAGUUUUAAUUUCCGAAAAAAGCUUGUCAAUAAAAAAAUAAGUUUUGAGUUCAA